ACCCGCACCCCCACACGGCCACCGCGGCCCCGGCCUGAUCCCCGGCCUGUCCCGGCCCCGCGACCCCCGCGCUGACCCUCGCUGCGGGCAGCCGGCCACAGGCGCUGCUGGGGAAUCCCCGAGCCCUGCUCCUCGCUGGCACUGCCCAUCCUGCGGCCCUGCGAAGUCCCCAGGACACUCCUGCAGCUCCCCGGGCAGAGCAGGGAUCCUGCGGCACCUGGCUGCAGUGCAGCCUUGUGCGGCCGCGGGCAGCGGCGACAGGCAGCAGCCAGCGCGGCCCCGUGCUCCCACGCCACGGCGCAGGGGGGGAGUUUCUCCUCCUUUGUCUGCUCCCGGCCAGGCAGCAGCCGGUGCGCGGCAGCGCCGGAGCAGCCGGGGAAGGGCCUCGGCAGCAGCCGCGGAGAACGGCGGCCGCGGUGCCCUCUGGCCCGGCACAGCCACCGGCCCGGCCUGGCCGCGCUGGGAGCGAGCAGCGACCCCGGGGGAGCCAAGCUCUUCAUGACGGAAACCCGACCAGGCAGCGGGGACGGCAGCUGCGCCCGGGCACGGGGAGGACGGCAGCGUUGGGGACAAGGACAGCCGCGUCCCGUCCCCACCCCCGGCGCCCGCCGUCGGCCAUGGGGAACGGCAUGAGCCAGAUCCUUCCUGGCCUCUACCUUGGGAACUUCGUUGAUGCCAAAGACCUGGAGCAGCUAAGCAGGAACAAGAUCACCCACAUUGUUUCGAUCCAUGAAUCCCCCCAGCCCUUGCUGAAGGACAUCACCUACCUCCGCAUCCCCCUGCCUGACACCCCUGAAGCCAACAUCAAGAGGCACUUCAAGGAAUGCAUCAGUUUUAUCCAUCAGUGUCGCCUGCAUGGAGGGAACUGCCUCGUCCACUGCCUGGCUGGCAUCUCCCGCAGCACCACGGUGGUGGUUGCCUACGUGAUGGUUGUGACGGAGCUGAGCUGCCAGGAGGUGCUGGAUGCCAUCCGAACCAUCCGGCCCGUGGCCAACCCCAACCCCGGCUUCAGGCAGCAGCUGGCCGAGUUCAGCGGCAGCGCAGCCCGCAAGGUCCGCAGGCAUCUGAAGCAGAAGUAUGGGAUGUCCCCUUUCAAUGAUGAGGAAGAAAUAAAGGCCUUGCUGCCAGCAGGGAGAGAAGGAGCGUCCAGGACAGAGGGAGCUGUGCAAGGACUGGUCCCAAGAGCCAGAGACAUGAGGAGCACAAGUCCCUUCCUGCUGCGGGUGAAGAGGACGUUCUCCUGCAUCCCGGCUUGUCUGAAGCUCUACGGCCCCUCCUGCAUGGAGCAGAUCCAGUUCCCCCCCCCGCAGGUGCUCAGCGGCCACGGCCGUGUGGCCUGCAUGACCAACGUGCUGGAGAGGCUCCUGCCCCACCUGGAGCGCGGGGUGCUGCUCUGGGUGGCACCUGAGGGGGUCUUCAUGAAGCGCCAGUGCCAGGGCAGGGUGUACUGGAACGGGCCCCUGGCCCCGCACAGGAACUGGCCCAACAAGCUGGAGAGGGAGAGGACUUACAAGCUGCUGGACACGCAGCAGUACAUCCAGCAGGUGCGGGAGUACCUGAGCAACGGGCAGCUCCUGCCUCAGUACCAGAUCUACCUGUGCUUCGGGGAGGAAUACCCCACCAGAGCUGGGCACCCCUUCCAGAAGCUCAUCAUGGCUCACGUGGAGCCGGUGUUCGCUCGGGAGCUCUUCCAUCACGCCCAGCGCUUGAGGCCGACCCUGCUCUGCAAUUCCCCACAGCCCUGUGCCCCUGGAACCUCCAGCCACGUUCUCCAUGUCCUCAAACAGCUCUGCCAGCCCUGAGCUGGGUGGGAGAGGAGAGCACAGUUGCCAUAAAGUCUCAGAGUGGGAGGCUCUGAGCCCCAUGGCUCCAUUCCAGCUGUGUGUCGCAAGGCAGAGUGCUCAGGGUGCUCAGUGUGCAGGACCAGACAAGGACAGAUGUUAGCUGGGUGGGCAGGUGCUGCUGCCCCUGUGAUUGCUGUAUUUAUUCCCCAGGAGUCUCCCAGGUGGGGUUGGUUGUGUGCCUAUUCAGCAAGCCAGGGCAGACCUGGCUCUGUCCUUGCACCUUGCACUGCCAGGACUUGCUGUUGCAAAC